AUGUCAAUUGACCUUGCUGCAAGUAAAAGGGAGAAAAUCCAUGUCGCACCGGAGGUUGCGGAAAUCCUUGCCAUUCGUUGGAGCCUUCAGUUAGCAAAGGAAUUGAAGCUGAAUUGCCUUAUCAUCCAGUCAGACGCCCUCACUGCUGUUGACUGCAUCAAUGGUAUCGUAGAAGACGCGGUUUUGGAGCCUAUUGCAGCGGAUUGUCGUUUCUUUCUCAGUAGCUUUUCUUGCGCUUCUGUUAUGUUCAUUAGAAGGACUGAUAAUGUAGAUGCUCAUAAUCAAUUUAAUAAAUAUAUUGUCGAUCAUGUUGUAAAGAGAAAACAAUACCAAAUCCCAAACGUCAAGAAAUGGCUUGGCGAUGUGAAACAUGCUAUGUAUGAGGCUGACCAACUCCUGGAUGAGAUUGCCACUGCUGCACCGUUGAAGAAGAUGAGACUCGAAUCUCAACCUUCUACUAGCAACAACUUUUUCAGCUAUGUUUCAGCUUUUAUUAAUCCGUUUGAAUCGCGGAUCAAAGAAAUGAUAAAGAGUCUAAAACAUCUUGCAGAGCAAAAAGAUGUGUUGGAAUUGAAAAAUGGAACGUGUGCUCGUAAUGAAGUUGGUGUCAGUUUGAAACUUGUAGAAAGAUUGCCAACUUCAUGUUUGCUGGGUGGAUCAGACAUAUAUGGUAGAGAUAAUGACAAAGAUGAAAUGAUCAAAAUUUUACUUUCAAAUAAUGGCGGAGGCAACCGUACACCUGUAUCCAGCAUUGUGGGUCUCGGUGGGAUGGGCAAGACCACCUUUGCUAAGCUUGUGUACAAUGAAAGUAGGAUUGAGGAACAUUUUGAACUUAAAGCAUGGGUUUAUGUUUCAGAAUCUUUUGAUGUUGUUGGACUCACCAAAGCAAUUCUACAGUCAUUUCAUUCUUCUGCAGACGAUGAAUUCAAAGCAAUUAUCAAGUCAUUUAAUUCUUCACUAGACGAUGAACAUAUUUUCAAUUUACUCCAACAAAGACUGCAACAUGUAUUAACAGGAAAAAAAUACUUGCUUGUUUUGGACGAUAUCUGGAACAAAAAUGCGGAAUGUUGGGAGCAGUUACUUCUUCCAUUUAAUCAUGGAUCUUCUGGAAGUAAGAUUAUUGUGACAACACGUGACAAGGAGGUAGCAAAUGUCCUGAAUUCCACCAAUAUAUUUGAUUUACAUCAACUGCAAAGAAGAGAUUGUUGGAGUUUAUUUGUGGCACAUGCGUUUCUUGGCAAGAAUGCAUGUGAAUAUCCAAAUCUUGAAUCUAUUGGAGCGAAAAUAGUGGACAAGUGCGGAGGGUUGCCUUUAGCUGUGAAAACAUUGGGCCAACUUUUGCGGAAAAAUUUCUCUCAACAUGAAUGGAUGAAGAUAUUGGAGACUGAUAUGUGGCGUUUAUCAGAUAGGGAAAACAACAUUAACCCAGUUCUAAGAUUGAGUUACCAUAAACUCCCGUCCAAUCAAAAGCGUUGUUUUGCGUAUUGCUCUAUAUUUCCUAAAGGUUAUUCCUUUGACAAAGGUGAAUUAAUCAGGUGUUGGAUGGCAGAAGGUUUGUUGAAGUGUUACGGAACAGAAAAAAGCGAAGAAGAAGUGGGGAAUGAAAUUUUUUGUGAUCUAGAGUCAAUUUCAUUUUUCCAAAAACCGCUAUUUCAUUAUAACACCUUUGUCAUGCAUAGUCUUGUGAAAGAAUUAGCAAAUUCAAUUUCAGGAGAGUUUUGUAUGCAAAUAGAAGGUGCUAGGGUGGAAGGUAUCCUUGAAAGGACACGUCACAUUCGGUGCUCUCCUCAAUUAAACUGUGUUGAUAAAUUACUAGAGUCAGUUUGUAAACUUAAGGGACUACGUAGUCUAACACUGAAAGGAAAUGGAGCUAUAUCGAUAAACAACAAUGUGCAACAUGAUCUGUUUUCAAAACUAAAGUGUUUGCGGAUGUUAUCAUUUAGAUAUUGUGUCAUCUCGGAACUAGUUGAUACGGUAAGCAAUUUAAAGCUUUUGCGUUAUCUAGACCUUUCUUACACUAAGAUUACUAGCUUGCCUGAUACCAUUUGUAUGUUGUAUAAUUUGCAAACACUCUUGUUGCGUGACUGUUAUGAAUUGACCGAGCUCCCUUCAAAUUUUUCAAAACUGAUCAAUUUACGUCAUCUGGAACUUCCCUAUUAUAUAAAGAAGUUGCCGAAGCAUAUAGGAAGUCUAAGAAAUCUCCAGGCCUUGCCUUAUUUUAUAGUGGAAGAGAAGAAUGGAUCUGAUCUUAAAGCGUUGGAGAAACUAAACCAUCUUCAUGGAACAAUUCAUAUUAAAGGAUUGGGUAAUGUCAUUGAUCUUUCAGAUGCUGCAACAAGCCUUAUGAAAGAUAAGAAGUAUUUAGAAGAAAUACAUAUGACAUUCGAUGACGGAAGAGAAGAUAUGGAUGGUUUAAUAGUUGAAGGCAAUGUGUCUGUCUUGGAGGCUCUUCAACCAAAUAGCAACUUGAGUAGGCUCAUCAUUGAGAACUACAAUGGCAUUAUGUUUCCAAAUUGGAUAAGAGGUUGCCAUUUACCCAACUUAGUAUCUCUUAAACUGAAGUACUGUGGUUUAUGUUCUCAUUUCCCGCCACUCGGGCAGCUCCCCUCUCUCAAAGAGCUUUCUAUUUCAAACUGUCAUGGAAUAAAGAUUAUCGGCAAAGAGUUCUACGGCAAUAACUCAACAAACGCUCCGUUCAAGUCCCUUGAAGUUUUGAGAUUUGAGACAAUGAACAGCUGGGAGGAAUGGCAUUGUCUUGAAGGGUUUCCUUCGCUUAAAGAGCUUUCUAUAAGAGAUUGUCCGAAAUUGAAAAGAGCGCUUCCUCAACACCUUCCUUCUUUGCAAAUACUAAAGAUUUAUAAUUGCAAAGCGUUGGAUGCAACAAUUCUGAAAAUUGAUAAUAUCAUAGAGUUAGAUCUACAAAGAUUUGAUCGGAUUUUGGUAAAUGAAUUGUCGUCUAGCUUGAAAAAGGUGGUCCUUAGUAGAAAUCGCUACACUAUGUUUUCCCAAGCGCAAAACUUAUUCAACAGUCUCAUUCUGGAAGAGUUGCAUUUGGAUUUUAGUGGCUUUGUAAAAUGUCCUUCUUUGAAUUUGCAUUGCUAUAAUUCUCUUUGUAAACUUUCAAUGGUAGGAUGGCGGUCUUCCUCCUUGCCUUUUCCACUGCACUUGUUCAUCAAUCUUGAUUCUCUCUGUUUGUCUGAUUGUCUAGAGCUGAAAUCUCUUCCUAUAGAAGGUUUGCCUCCCAACUUGACAUACCUUGAAAUACGCAAUUGCCCGCAGUUGGAAUCCUUUCCUAUUGGAGGUAUGUCUUCCAAAUUGAGACACCUUCAAUUACACAAUUGCCCAAGACUACUUGCUUUGAGAGAGGAGUGGUGUUUGCUUCAACUCAAUUCCCAAGGUUGAUAAAUAAAUUGUCCUUCAUGGAAAUCGGUUUAUUGAGAUCUCCCAAGCGCAAAACUCAAUCAACAAUAUCAUGUUUGAGUUCUCUGAAACAUGAGACUUUGGAAAAGAAGCACAAUCGUCGUCCGCAUCAACCAA